AUGCCACCACGUAAAGCACCAUCAACAAAGGCUCCACCACAAAUUCACCUCUCGGAAGAAAAGAAGGUUCAAUUAGAGAAUGAAUUAAAUUGGUGUAUUCAACAAUUGGAAUUAGGACUCUCUAGAAAGGAUGCUGAUGCAUAUCAAAUUAAAGAAACCAAGAGAGUUCUUACCACAUUGCAAUCAAAUUCCGUUGCCGAUGUUCAAAAGAGACAAUUAAUGAAAGUCAUCUUUGGUGAUUAUAGAAAAUUGAUGAAAGACGAUAAAAAGCAACGAGAAGAGGAAGAGAAUAAAAAGAAGGCAAAGGAAGAAAAAGCCCAAACAGAAAGCACGACAUUGGAAGCAACUUCAGAAACUGUACAGUUAGAGGACAGUACAACAAAUUAA